UUGUCGUACUUGUUGUUUAAUUCUAUUGCAUAACCGACAUACGCUCUCUGCUGCAAUGAAGCUUUAUAGCUUUUAUUACGUGCUAAAUUUGCUUUGUAUUUUCAUAGUAGUUUCCCAAGCUUUACCCACAAGUUUGUUAGAAAAUACAAAAUCAUUAAAUGUACAUAAUAAUAAAGUUAAAAGAACGCCAGGAGGUAGUCUUCUUGAUGGUAAACAAUUACGAAAUGCACAUCUCGAAGAAUCAAACAUCGAUUCAACAUAUUUUAAUAAACCAUCAGCUAAAAAACGAGGUGGAAUGUCGACACAAAAUUUUGGAGAUUUAGAACUGCCAACAUGGGAACCAGAAAGUCAAUCAAGUGAUUUAUAUUCAAAUUUGGAUGGUCCAACAUCACAAUUGGAUGAGAAAACAUUAAGCGAUUAUGAAAAAGGAUUUCAGUAUGGGACAAAUAAAGACAAAUUAGAUGAACAAAUGGAAAAUGCCAUUCUAAAAUCGGAAUUGUAUGGUGAACCAACAUCUUUGAAUCAAUAUCGAUAUUAUGGGCAACAAGAUGCUCGACGUAAACGGAAUUCAAUUCCACUUGCGAAUUUAAAACAAUUAAAUAAUCGUUUUAAACGUGAAAUCAUUGGUAAUCCAGAAGAUGACCUGUUCGAUUUAAUAUCAUUAUGGGAAGCUCAACGUAAAUAUAAUAGUCAUAAACCAAAUUGGCAACAGAAAGCUUCAUACAAUCCACAAGAUUUUGGUGAAAAUGAAGAUGAAUUCGUAGAUGAUGGUAGUAGUGAUAUUGAAGAAUCCGAUGAGAAUUGGUUAGAAACUCCUGUGUAUCCAAAUUCACAUCAAAUUGGACAUUACACAUAUCCACCCCAAAGGAUAUUCAACACAUAUUAUGAUACCAAAGACUUUACUAAUCAACCUGCUACCCCAAAUUAUAUUAAGCGCCAAUGGAAUUAUGGCUAUGGCGGAAACGAUCGUGCCAAACGAUUUAUGGUAUCACGUAAACGAUCAGAUCCAACUCGUGAAUUAAGAUAUUUUACAAAUGGCGGUGCACAUAAUCGUGACGAUAAUAUCUACACUUUAGCACAGUUAUUGAGUGGCUCGCAACGAGAACCUAAUGUACCGUUGUAUCAUCGAGCUGUCUUGUAAAAACCAUCUUUUUAGAUAAAUUUAAAUAUUAUACUGUUAUCAACUUAUUUCAUUUUCUUGAUUAUUUUUAUUAAAUUCGUUAUAAAUUAUUUAGGCUCAAACUAAAUUUAUUAAAAAAAAAAAACAAGUUAACUUUUGUACGUAGAUUUAAAAAGAAGAUUUAACAAAAAUAAUAUUAAAUUCGUCUAUUGUAGUUAAGAAUUUUAUUAUUGUCAAUUUUUAAAUUUCAACUGAUUGUAUGCAAUUAAGUCUUUGUAAAUUAAGAAACUUACGGAGUUAAACUGAAAAUCGACCGCCUUGAUAACGAAAGGUCAUAUAUGGACUAAAAAUCUGACAGUGAACGCGUGCACACUGUUCCAGAACUGUUGAACUGACACUGACAGUAAUAUCGGAACCAUAGAGGUAAUAUAAUAUAGAGGCGUAAAAGCAUAGGAAACGCAAUAAGUGACUUAUUCAUUGAAAUCUGAAGCAAUUCAUUAGAAUAAUGUUUUUUGGAUGUGUUUGUUCGUCCAAACAAUAUUUUCAAAAUAUUAAUAAACCUAAUCUAAAAUAUCACAAAGCCAAAAUAAAUUGACACAUUAUUGACAAACACAUCUAGAAACAAAGACAGCUGCUAUACGCGAACUUUUUUUUAGGUCUCUCUCAAUAACGAUCAACCGUUUGGAUGGAAACUUUACGGUUUAUGUUAUUACUUCUAUGAUCGGAACACAUUCAUAGUAUAAAGAGUGUUUACCAUAGACUUAUAAAAGAUAUUGAAUGUA